AUUUCUUCGGAAUUAACGAUAGGCAUAUCACCUUUUUAUUUAUAACUAAGUUUUAUAACAAUAUAAGUAGAAAUUUUUGACGUUUUUUUAAAUAUUUAUGAUAAAUUAAUCGCAAUUGAGAAAAAAAAUUGUUAUUUUUAAGAAGUGUAGUGUUAUGGUGUCAUAUGGAGAAAUGAGUAGAGAAGGAACAUCAACUAUGUUUUUUAAAAACAGUGAAAUUGCUGAUUCAUUGGAUGAAUAUGAAGCGUUGUCAUCAUCAGAUUCUAUGGAAGAAAGACAACUGUCUCAUUCUACAAUCUCCCCUAAUUCAGAAGUAACUUUAGCUUGGGAUAACCUUUCAGUUCAUGCAUUAUCAAAAAUAGGUGGACGACAACAACAAAAAAUGAUAUUAAAUGAGGUUAGUGGAGCAGUCAAAGCUGGGAGUUUAGUGGCUAUAAUGGGAUCGAGGUAUGUCAGAAAUACAUUCGAAGAAUUAACUAUUCAAAAAAUACUCAACUCCACAUUUUUUAUGGUAUUAUAUUCCUGUGACGCAAUCAGAUCAGGUGGAGCUGGAAAGAGCACGUUAAUGUCGGCUUUGGCCUAUCGUUCAACAGCUGAUAAAAUAAUCGACGGAAAAAUUUUAAUAAAUGGUCGUCAACUUGGUAAUUACAUGAGGAUUUUGAGUGGAUAUAUGUAUCAAGAGGAUCUGUUGUUACCGUAUCUCACUGUUUCAGAGCACAUGAAUAUUAUGGCGAAUUUAAAAUUAGACAGACGAAUAACACAACACGAAAAAAAAAUAUUGAUAAAGAAAGUUCUCCGACAGCUUGGUUUAUUGAAAUGUAUAGACAGUAGAAUAGGUGGUAACGACGACGACAAGUUACUGUCGGGCGGAGAAAAAAAGCGACUAGCGUUUGCCACCGAAUUAUUAACAGAUCCACAAAUCUUAUUUUGCGACGAGCCGACAACAGGUCUGGAUUCGUAUUCGGCUCACAAAUUAGUAACAAUGAUGAAUGAAAUGGUUAUGGCGGGUAAAACUAUAUUGUGUACAAUUCACCAACCUUCAUCGGAUAUUUUUGUGAUGUUUAGCCAGCUUAUUUUAGUUGCUGAUGGAAGAAUAGCCUACAUGGGAUCAACUAAUAAUGCCUUGAAAUUUUUUGAAAGCUUGGGAUAUACUUGUCCAAGCUCUUACAACCCAGCCGAUCUUUAUAUUAAAGUUUUAUCCCCGACAUCAGGAUACAGAGACAACUGUAAAAAAACCAUCAAAAGAAUAUGUGAUCAAUUUGCAGUUAGCGAUUAUGCUAAAGAAGUUGAUAUCGUGGUUCAAUAUGAACUGCAUUUGGAAAGAUUUACAACUCUUAAAAAACUGGAAGCUCGUAAUAAUUUCGAAGAAAUAAGUUGGGUGUCAAAAAUUGCAUGGUUAACGUAUAGAUGGUCUUUGGAAAUUUUAAGAAACCCCUCAUUAGAAGCCACGCGCAUACUUCAAAGAAUUUUUAUAGGUUUGAUUGUAGGUUUUUGCUAUAUUGGAACAGAAACUUUAACUCAAAACGGCAUUCAAUCUGUCGAAGGAAUUAUUUUCAUGUUUGUUAGUGAAAAUACAUUCAACCCAAUGUAUGCAGUCUUACACGAGUUUCCUUUGUAUUUACCGUUGUUUUUGAGAGAAUAUAAGUCUGGGUUAUAUCAUCCUUUCACUUAUUAUGUUUCCAGGAUUUUGUCAAUGCUGCCAGGAUUCCUAUUACAGCCCUUCACUUUCGUAAUUACUGCUUACUGGUUAGCAGGACUUCGAACAACUGGAUACGCCUUUCUAAUGACGUUAUCUGUGAUCAUCCUUACUAUGAAUGUAUCUUCGGCAUGUGGCAUCAUGUUUUCCAACGCUUUUGAUUCAGUUCCAACAGCUUUAGCUUAUUUGGUUCCAUUUGAUUACGUCCACAUGAUAACUUCUGGUGUUUUCCUAAAACUGGGUUCUUUGCCUACUGCCAUGACUUGGGUGAAAUAUCUUUCGUGGCUGAUGUAUUCGACUGAAGCAUUAAACAUUUUACAAUGGAAAGGAGUUUUAAAUAUAACCUGUGGUAACGUUACAGAAGGAGUAUCAUGUAUUAAAAAUGGAACGGAAGUAUUGGCAAAAUACGAUUUUACUGAAGAUGAUCUAAUAAUUGAUAUAUGUGGAAUGUUGGUACUGCUAGUAUUUUUCUAUAUUUUAGGUUACAUUUUUUUAUGGAGGCGUGUACGUCACUAUUAAAUGAAUGGUUGUGAAUAUUCCACUUUUUUUAUAAAAUUAAAAUAAAUUAUACACUA